AGCAUCCCUGAGUUUCAGAUAGAAACUUAGAAAACCUUCAAAGAACCACCAGAAAUGGGGACCUGGAUUUUGUUUGCCUGCCUCUUGGGAGCAGCCUUCGCUAUGCCUCUACCACCUCAUCCUGGGCACCCUGGCUAUAUCAACUUCAGCUAUGAGGUCCUUACCCCUCUGAAGUGGUACCAGAGCAUGAUAAGGCAGCCGUACCCUUCCUAUGGUUACGAACCCUUGGGUGGAUGGCUGCACCACCAAACCAUCCCUGUGCUGUCUCAACAGCAUCCCCCGAGUCACACCGCCACCCUUCAGCCUCAUCACCACCUCCCAGUGGGGCCAGCUCAGCAGCCCGUGGUCCCCCACCAACCUCUGAUGCCAAUUCCUGGCCACCACUCCAUGACUCCAACCCAACACCACCAGCCUAACCUCCCACCAACCGCCCAGCAGCCCUUCCAGCAGCCUUUCCAGCCCCAAGCUGUUCAGCCACAGCACCACCAGCCCAUGCAGCCCAUGCAGCCCAUGCAGCCCAUGCAGCCCAUGCAGCCCAUCCAGCCCCAGUCACCUCUGCACCCCAUGCAGCCCCUGCCCCCACAGCCAGCUCUGCCUCCACUGUUCCCCAUGCAGCCCCUGCCCCCCCUUCUUUCUGAUCUGCCUCUGGAAGCUUGGCCAGCAACAGACAAGACCAAGCGGGAAGAAGUGAAGUCACAUAUUCAGGCUAUCAAUAUUGACAGGACUACAUUAGUGCAUACCCCUUUGAAGUGGUACCAGAACUCAAGGCAGCAGACUGUAAACCAGCAAUAUCCGCACUGAAAGUAGAAGGCG